UGAGGGUUUGAGGAUUGAGUUUGACCGGCAGUGUUCAACUGAGAGGCGCCACGACCCGCUAACCGUCAUGGACGGAGCCAACAGGAUCGUCUCUGUCAGAUCAGGUCGAGAGUGGUCCGACUGGUCCAGCGAAUUAAGGAUCCCAGGAGAUGAACUGAAAUGGAAGUUUACCAGUGAUGGAUCGGUUAAUGGUUGGGGCUGGCGGUUCACAGUCUACCCCAUCAUGCCUGCUGCUGGUCCUAAAGACCUGCUGUCUGACCGCUGCAUCCUGUCCUGCCCCUCCAUGGACUUGGUCACAUGCUUGUUGGACUUCCGGCUCAACUUUGCUUCGAACAGGAGCAUCGUCCCUCGUCUUGCUGCUUCCCUCGCUGCCUGUGCCCAGCUCAGUGCAUUAGCUGCUGGGCACAGGAUGUGGGCUCUGCAGAGGCUCCGGAAGCUUCUCACCACAGAGUACGGUCAGUCUAUCAACAUCAACAGGCUGCUUGGAGACAGCGAAGGCGAAGCGCGCUCCAUUGUGAGUAUAGUGGAAAAUAAAUGCACCCACCAAACACUUUAUAGUGUCAGUUUAACCUUUUUCUAACAGAAUAAAAUCUAA